AUGUUGGCUGGCGUCGAGUUCAUCAAAACGCCCAAAGCGGCUCCUCAGCCACCUGCCUCGGAUGAGUGUGGAAUUCUCACCACAGACUCUCCAACCAUCAAAAACGCCCCCUUGCCUGCCGACGGUCCCGGCUCCAGAAGCUUCAGCAACACCGCCAUGAUCGCUUGUUUAGUUGGUAUUCCAUGGCUUGUGGUGAGGAAGCUAGGCCUUGGUUUCAAAACAUGGCUCUUCUUCUUUGUGCUACUUGCAAUUCCUAUCUUGAUGGCCUACUGGACGCUUAUGUCCACUUUCAGCCCCCGUAUUAAUGAGAAGGUGAAGUACCCUGGCAGACCCAUUUCUCACUACUUGGAGUUUCACACUCCUGAGCUCAAGGCUAAGUAUAUUGACUCAAACGGUGGAAAGGGUACCAAGAUCCCCAUGGAGACUUUCCACGAGUUGUACUUUGCUGGCAAGGUGUCUUUCAAGGGCGACGCCUUAGACGUCAUGGAGUACAGACACGAUUGGGCCAACUUCCGCUUUACUUUGUCGCUUUUCCGUUUUUUCUUGUUGGGAAUGAUCCCUGAGGUGAUCAUGCACUCGAAGUCUCAGGACGAGGAGCAAGUGAGAGAUCACUACGACAGGGGUGACGACUUCUACACCUGGUUCUUGGGACCCCGUAUGAUCUAUACUUCAGGAACCAUCAGUGAUAUCAAGAAAGAAGAGACCUUAGAGGAAUUGCAGGACAACAAGUUGAAUGUCGUUGCUUCCAAGAUCCAAUUGAGCAAGAACGACCACAUUUUGGACUUGGGCUGCGGUUGGGGUACUUGGGCCACUUUUGCUUCCUCUCAGACUGGUGCUAAAGUGACUGGUAUUACCUUGGGUAGAAAUCAGACCAAGUGGGGCAAUCAACUCUUGUCCGACUACGGUGUUUCUGCGGAUCAGUCGAGAAUUGUGUGCUGCGAUUACAGAGAGGCUCCAAAGUCCGGGAAGCCCAGCGGCAAGUACGACAAGAUCACCUGUCUUGAGAUGGCCGAGCACGUUGGCAUUAGAAGAUUUGGUGCCUUCUUGGCUCAGGUGUACGACUCCUUGGAGGACGAUGGAGUUUUCUUUUUGCAGUACGCCGGGUUGAGAAAGGCAUGGCAAUACGAAGAUUUGGUGUGGGGCUUGUUCAUGAACAAAUACAUCUUCCCUGGUGCCGAUGCUUCCACUCCAGUUGCUUUUGUCAUUGGUGCUUUGGAAAGUGCUGGUUUUGAGAUUGUAUCUGUAGAAAACAUUGGUGUGUCGUACUCUGCUACGUUGUGGAGAUGGUACAGAAACUGGAUGGGCAACAAGGACAAUGUCAUCAACAAAUACGGUAUCAAGUGGUUCAGAAUCUGGGAGUACUUUUUGUCGUCGUCUGUAAUUACUGCCAGACAAGGUGGUGCCUCGUGCUUCCAGUUUGUCAUGAGAAAGAACCUCAACUCCUACCAUCGUGUGAACUACGUUCCUGCUCAGCAUGGUAUUGUCACUCCAGCCAAAGAGGGUAUCAAGUGGGCCAAGGAAUGA